AUGUAAAAUUAUAAAAGAACAAUAGGAGAUUAUGAAAUUUAUGAAUUAACGACUAGCGAUUCUACUAAAACAAUAUAGCUACCAGCUCAUAAUGCCGUUAGCGUAUCAAUGAAGCUAAUAACUUUCAAUUAAUAUCACUAAUUUGAUAUAUUAAUUGAUGAUCAGUUAGUAGUUAUUUCAAAUCGUUAUCUGUAAGUAUCUUAUGAUACUAGUUAUUAUAUUCAUUCAUAUUUAAUCAUAGCUCUGAUUAAUAUCCAAUAAUAUCCACAUAAACAAAAUUCAAUUACUGUAAAAAUAAAGAAGAAAUCGUCUACAGUAUAUAAUUCAGCAUAUUCAUUUGCAGCUGGAAUUAGAGAUUUUUAAUUAUUUAUUACACCAAGUUUAAACGACUGCUUUGAUAACAAUAUCUAUCCUUUUGAUGGGUGCUUUGCCGAGAUUUAUGAUUGUGUUGAAGGUUGUGCAAACUGUGUAAGAAGUGUUUGUUUGGAAUGCUAGCUAGGAUGGCAAUAUUAUGAAUAAAAUAAGAAUUGUUUACCGAUAUGUGGUGAUUCUAUCAUAACUUAUUUUGAAGAAUGUGAUGAUGGUAACACAUAUCCAUAUGACGGAUGCCAUUAAUAUUGUUUAAUCUGUUAAUUUGGGUAUUGUUUGAAAUGGAAAACAUCUUACUAAGACCUUGAGAAUACUGUUUACAGUAAAAAUUUUAUUUUAAAACUACCAAUUACACAAAAAGUUUUAAAUCACAUUUAGUGUUAAUAUUUGUAUGAUUCAUUAGAAUGCCAUGAAUAUAUAAAUUAGUUGGCAUGGCUAUUUUUAAGUUGUAAUUCUUAGUAUAAGAUGAAUGAAAAGAAAAAAACAAUUCGUAAGAAGAAAUGUGGAGAUUUAAUUAUUACAUGCGAUGAGGAGUGUGAUGAUGGCAAUCAAGUAGAGCAUGAUGGUUGUCAUUUGUGCAAAUAUUCAUGUCCAUUGAAUUGUAGUGAAUGCCAAUUUGGAGAAUGUAAAUAAUGUUUACCAAAAUACGAACUAAUAUAUGGACUGUGUAAAUAUAUUUGUGAUGGUUCUGAGAGUUAGGAAGAUUAAGAAAAUAGAAGUUGUUAUCACAGAAUAACCAAUUUGAUUGAGAAUGGCCAUUACUAACAUAAUCUCUUUAAUAACCAAAAUUCUAAAUAUAAAUUAACAAUUCCUCUAACUUGCAGCCAUAAAGAAUUUGGGAUAUUUGGAUAUUUUUAUAAUUAAUGUAGAAUAGCAGAGAUAAAAAAUUGUAAGGAAAGUAUUUAUAAUUAAUGUCUAUAAUGUGAUGAUAAUUAUGUAUUGGAAUAUAAUAGAUUGGCAUGUACUCCAAUUUGUAAUGAUGGGCUUGUAAUAGAAAAAGAAGUAUGUGACGACUAGAACAACAUCUAAUUUGAUGGAUGCUACAAAUGCUAAUAAAGUUGCUUAUUGGAAUGCUUAAAUUGUGUUGAAAAUAAAUGUUAUUAGUGUUUUGAUGGUUGGCAGCUUAUAGAUUAUGGGUGUUAUCAAUAUUGUGGAGACGGCUAAGUAGCUAAAUCUUCUAUGGAACAAUGCGAUGAUGGAAAUGAUGAUAUUGGAGACGGAUGUUAUUAAUGUAAAUUUGAGUGCGUUCCAUAUUGCAGAUCCUGUGCUGAUAGACAUACUUGUUUGGUUUGUGAAAAAUACUUUGAAUUAUCUAACAAUUCUUGUAAACCAAUUUGUGGAGACGAUAAUAUUGUAGAUGGAUUAGAGGAAUGCGAAGAUGGAAAUGAUAUUCCUUAUGAUGGAUGUUUUAAUUGUAUGUUUUAGUGUGAAAAAUUAUGCCAAAAAUGUCGUUAAGGAUCAUGCAUAGAGUGCAUAGAUGGGUAUAUAAUUGAAAAGGAUUACUGUGAAGUUUAUAAUUAAACAGUUAUUAUCGAUGAUGAUGAGGAUGAAGUUGUCUAAAAUUAAUGUGCUGAUGCUAAAUAUUCCAAUAAUGAAGAAUGUGAUGAUGGGAACAAAAUUGAUGGUGAUGGUUGUUCUAGCUCAUGUCAGAUUGAACCUUAUUGGUUUUGUAAUAAUUACCCAAAUUAACCUAGUAUUUGUUCUCCUAACACUAUUCUAAAAUUAUAAUACCUUAAUCAAACUUAAUAAAUUUAAUACAUUUAAUUAUACUUUUCAAAUAAAGUUAAGUUAAAUGAAACUAUUUUAAAUUUUACUGAUAAAAUUAAAACAUCUAUCCCUUCAAUUGAACAAGACGCAUAUUCUAUUACUAUAAUUCCUGUAGUUGAAAUUGAUUAGACUGUUCUACUUGAUGUUAGCUAUGAAAUUUAAAUUCAAUUCUUAGAAUCUAUUACAGCAACAAAUAUUGUCUUAGCUGCCGAAAUCGAUGCUAAUUUAGAAGACCAAAACCAAAUGAUGGUUAAUACCUCAAUCUAAACUAUCAAUUUACAAUUACCCAAAAUCUUGAACAAAAAUUAGCUGGAAACUGCCAAUAAUUUUUAAGCUCUUGCAGUAGUGUCUUUUUAUUCUUCUUUGGAAAUCCUAGUCAAUGUUUAGAAAUUUUGGAUACUUUACAAUUUUAAUCAUAUCUGA